AUGUCAGGUAACAAUAUCAAAGUCGUCUGCCGAUUCCGGCCCAUGAAUCGUAUGGAAACGGAAUCAAGAUCAGAAACAUGCAUGGAUAUAAGCAGUGAUUUCACGACUGUGCAGUUGAAGAACUCGACUUCUUUAGCUGGACCGGAGAAAGAUGGGUUCACAUUCGACAGGGUGUUCGAUACGAACACGAAACAGAAUGAUAUCUUUGAUUGGGGUGUGAAAGGUAUUGUAGAAGAUGUGAUGACCGGGUUCAACGGUACUUUAUUUUGUUAUGGUCAGACUGGAUCUGGUAAAACAUAUAGUAAGCUCAGUCGAACGCCGCCUGAAAUUAAUGAAAGAGCUGACUUGAUCGAUGUCAUCUCAGCUAUGAUGGGGGCAGAUAUCGAAAAUCCAGCUUUGAAAGGUCUCAUUCCACGUAUAGUGGAGCAGAUAUUCGCUUCUAUCCUUUCAGCAGAUAGUGUGAUCGAAUAUACAGUCAAAGUCAGUUAUAUGGAAAUCUACAUGGAGAGAAUUAAGGAUUUACUUGCUCCUCAAAACGAUAAUCUCUCAAUCCACGAAGACAAAGCAAGAGGUGUAUAUGUGAAGAAUCUCACGGACGUGUAUGUUGGAUCUGAGGCGGAAGUCUAUAAAGUCAUGAAAGCUGGUGGAUCGAGUAGAGCUGUAUCUUCAACUAAUAUGAACGCCGAAUCUUCAAGAUCCCAUUCCAUCUUCGUUAUCGGUAUUCAUCAACGAAAUACUGAGACUGGCAGUCAGAAGAGCGGAAAUUUGUAUCUUGUUGAUUUGGCUGGUUCAGAAAAGGUCGGCAAGACAGGUGCUACGGGUCAAACACUGGAGGAAGCUAAAAAAAUCAACAAAUCCCUGUCAGCUUUAGGAAUGGUCAUCAACUCUCUGACAGAUGGCAAAUCAUCCCAUGUUCCUUAUCGAGAUUCUAAGCUCACACGAAUACUGCAAGAAUCUCUUGGUGGUAACUCUCGUACUACAUUGAUCAUCAACUGUUCUCCCGCCACAUUCAACGAACCCGAGACGUUGUCUACUCUAAGAUUCGGUAUGCGAGCUAAAUCUAUCAAGAACAAAGCUAGGGUUAACGUGGAAAUGUCGCCUGCCGAACUUAAGGCUCUGCUCAAGAAGACCGUGGCUGAGUUGGCUUCCGUCCGAGAACAUACUUCUGCUUUGGAAGAAGAAGUCAAAAUUUGGAGAUCAGGUGUUAAAGUUGAGCCAUCACUUUGGACUUCACCACUUGCUCAAGCAACAUCAUCAUCAGCAUCAACAAUUGCAGCUAAAAGAGUUACGAGCCCUUUUCCUUCCACACCGGGAGGUACAAGUGCAACUCCAUCAAGAUCAGGUACUCCAGGUGGUUUACUACCUUCUGCCUUAGCGGAUAGCUCGAGACCUGACACUCCGACUGUAUAUAACAUGGAUCUUGGAAAGGAUGAAAGAGAGGAAUUUUUGAGGAGAGAGAACGAAUUGAGUGAUCAAUUGGCUGAAAAGGAAUCCGCUCUUGCCGCUCAAGAAAAACUCAUGGCCGAUAUGAAAGACGAAGUGUCCUAUCUGAAAGAACAGGAAGCGUCAAUAUCGAAGGAAAACAAGACUAUGUCUACUGAAUUGAACGAUUUCAGAAUACUCUCGGCUAGAUUGGAGUCUGAAUCCAAAGAUUCUCUGAUUACAUUGGACAACUACAAAGAGAAGGUCACGAAAUUACAGAAAGACAUUGAAGAGCAAAAAAAUCAGAUUGGCGAAUUGAAAAAGGUACAAAGUCGAGAAAAGGAAGAAGAGAAAGAGAAAAGAAAGCAAGAAAUGUUGAGUGAAAUGUUGAGUAAAAUCGAUAUGGGCAGUGCUAUACUCGAUUCGCCGUCGGAGAAACUCCGCCAGGUAAUACAAGCCCUGGAAUCUCGAGAAGCAACUUCAUCGGAGGACAUCUCAUUUCAAAUUCGAGAUUUGGUUCGGUCAGCAUUAGCAGAGAAUCAAGAUAUCGUCAGAGAUCUGCAAGAGAGACUGAGAUUGGCUCAAGAAGAGGCUGAAAUGCAAGGCAAAAGACGGGGAGAGGUAGAGAAGAUGUUGGGUAGAAGAGAUGCUGCAUAUGAAGAGUUGUUAGACAAAACAGGCUCAAGUCAAAACGUAGCUAUCGACGACAUCAGGGCACAAUUCGAAUCUAAGUUCUCGGCAUCAGAAGAACUACUCCGAGCUGAGAUCCAAACCCUCAGUCAACAUUCUGAAUCUCGUUCAGCUGAGAUUAGGAGAUUGCAAAGUACGGUUGAAAGCUAUAAACUUUCUAAUGAGGAGCUCAACCGCGCACUUACGGUAGCUGCUGCAGGCAACGAGGAAUCGGAGAACUUUGCUCAGUCUGCUAAAGAACUAGAAAGAAUAAGGAAAUUACAUGAGAUUCAAUAUGCUGAAUUUGACAUUGUCAAAAAGAGUUUGAUGAAAGACUUACAGAACAGAUGUGAGAAGGUGGUCGAGCUUGAGAUGCAGCUUGACGAGGUUCGAGAGCAAUAUAAAACAAUAGCUAGAUCUGCCAAUUCCCGAGCUCAACAAAGGAGAUUGGAAUUCCUGGAACAUAACCUUGAGCAAUUGAAUGUGGUCCAAAAGCAGCUUGUGGAGCAAAACUCCAGCCUUAAAAAGGAAAUUGCCGAUGCUCAACGAAAAUUGAUGUCGAGAAAUGAUAGAAUCCAGAACUUAGAGGCCGCACUCAACAAUGCUGAUCAAAGAUUGACUCAAAAGACCAUGAAAUAUGAUCAGCAGAUACAGAUGUUACGUUCUAAACUAGCUGAUGUCGAGGCUAAAUAUUCUAAUCCUUACAAUCAUGGUAGAAUAGCCAAACCACUCAGAGGAGGUGGUGGGGGAGGGGGACAACAUCAACAACCUUCAACCUCACCUGUCCUGCCCCCUGGAACACCAGUAUAUCAAUCUAUAGCUAGUGGGAUGGUAAGCAAUUCGCCUUUGGCAAGAAUACAAGAUGAGACUGCUAGCGGUAAAAGGCAAUCAUGGUUCUUCUCACCUUCUUCUAAUUCACCUCGAUAA